AUGUUGAGCCAAUACACCUACAUUUUCGUGAUCGGCACGUUCUUUGCCAUGCUCGAUGCCUUCAACAAUGGAGCAAACGAUGUUGCGAACGCCUGGGCGACCAGUGUCUCCUCCAGGUCCAUCAGCUACAGACAAGCAAUGAUAUUCGGCACCAUCUUCGAGAUGCUCGGAGCCAUCACGGUCGGAGCACGGACAGCAGACACAAUUAAGAAUGGUAUCAUUCCAAACGCCGCCUUCCAAGGAAAUGCCGGAGUUCAAAUGCUCGCUUUCACUUGUGCUCUUGCAGCUGCCUCGACAUGGGUCAUGUGGUGCACACGACACUCUGCCCACGUCUCCUCAACCUACUCUCUCAUCUCGGCCGUUGCCGGAGUCGGUGUUGCAACUGUCGGAGCCUCAAAGGUACAAUGGGGAUGGAACAAUGGGAAGGGACUCGGAGCCAUUUUUGCUGGUCUCGGAAUGGCACCCGUCAUCUCAGGCGGCUUCGCCGCCACCAUCUUCAUGCUCGUCAAGCUCGUCGUCCACAUGCGCAAGAAUCCCGUCCCAUGGGCCGUCUUCACCGCACCCUUCUUCUUCUUGAUCGCCGGCACAAUCUGCACGUUGUCCAUUGUCUACAAAGGCUCCCCCAAACUCGGCCUGAACAAGAAGCCGGCGUGGUACAUCGCUACCGUCACUUUGGGCACUGGUGCUGGUCUCGCUCUCCUGUCAGCAAUCUUCUUCGUUCCUUACGUCCACGCCAAAGUCAUCAAGAAAGAUAACACCGUCAAAUGGUGGAUGUUCAUCUAUGGCCCUGCUCUGUUGAAUCGUCCUGCACCAGCUAAUGCCGACGUCGCCAACGUACCCAACUACUCCGUCGUGCAAGAAGACGAAGACCUCGUCGACUCUUCCGCGCGCUCUGUCGAAUCCGGCUCCGAGGCAGAUGCCAAAAAGACGGAAAUGGGAAUUCAGCCUGUACCCAGCCCAGCCGAGGACAACGAGAAGAAGCUUGUCGCAGGAGAGACCAACCAACCAACCUACAAAGAACUCAUGGCUCAAGGCCAGGACAGACUGCACGCCAAGCUCCUCAAGAAGCGCGGCCCGAUCGGUUGGGGCAUGCGCACGCUGCGCGAUAACCCUAUGGGACCAGGACAAGUCUAUGAGAUUCAGAACAUGAAGAUUUUGUUGAAGCGUAUCCCGGCCAUGGUCACUGUUGGUCUUCUCUACGGCCUGCACUACGACAUCCAUGCUGCGCAAACUGGUAUCGCUGGUACCCCUGAUGGAGCCAGGAUGCAGAGGGUUUACGACCACGCGGAGAAAUACCCGAACGAGGUCGAGCACACUUAUUCUUUUGUGCAGAUUUUGACCGCGUGUACGGCAUCUUUUGCACACGGUGCGAAUGAUAUUGGGAACUCGGUUGGACCUUGGGCCGUCAUCUACGGUGCGUGGCACACUGGUACUGCGGCGGCUGCCAAGGCACCCGUGCCAGUCUGGCAGCUGGUUGUCCUGUCUGCGAUGAUCUCUCUUGGUCUGAUUACGUACGGAUAUAACAUCAUGAAGGUCAUGGGCAACAAAAUCACCUACCACUCCCCCUCCCGCGGAUCCUCCAUGGAAAUGGGCGCUGCCAUCACCGUGCUCGUCUUCUCGCAAUUCUCUCUCCCUGUCUCAACAUCCAUGUGUAUCACUGGUGCUACUGUGGGUGUCGGUCUCUGCAAUGGUACUCUCAAAGCCGUGAACUUUCAGCGAGUCGGCCUUUUGCUCCUCUCUUGGAUCGCCACCAUCCCCAUUGCGGGCACAUUGGGUGGCGUAUUGAUGGGCAUUGUGCUUAAUGCGCCGCACUUUGCUGCUAAGAAGUAA